UCCACGGGAGCGACAGCUAAGAGUAAAGUACUGCGCUAUCCCACAAACACGAAGUUAAUUUUGCAGAUUAGAGAUAUUUAUAUAGCCAAGCUGUUUGGGAGUUGACUCUGAUUUAAAAUACUCAAGGCCCCCCUCGUGUCCGAUGGUAGACUUGCCUGCUGGAUCUGAUCAAACUCUGACCACAGUGUUGUGUCAUUGGGAUGAGUGUGGCUCUGAGAGAGUGGGUGUCCUGACAGACUAUGAGCUUGUGAUCUGAGAUAGAACACCACAGCAAGUUCUCUCGGGCAACCCUACGCAAAGACAAUUUGUUUGUAAGGACUGGGGGAUACGGAGGAUUCUGUACGAUGAGUAUCUGAGCAUAGCAUCACUGUACAAAUCUCUCAAGCAUUCAGAGGAGGCUUCAUUGCACCCAUUUGCCCACAGCCAUAUUAGGCAGGGGACUGAAGACUUGUUUCAACAAUCAUUGGAGACUCCUAACCAAUCCAAACCAUGGAAGAAAAACCCAUGUCAGUUGCUGCAUUAGCUUCAAAAUUCAAUCACAAAACAAGUGACACCUUGGAAAAGGAUGAGAAAUGCCCCAGGGGACCAAUUCGUAGAAAGCCUCCUUGCUCUCUUCCUUUGUAUGGUAAUAAAAAUAAUGUGAAAACUGAAACAGACCACAAUGGAGAUGAGAAGCCACCAAUUAAUGAAGCCUCUCGUCCUCCAAAGCUGAAAUUGAAAAAUUCCUCUCCUCUCAUUGAAAAGCUCCAGGCUACCUUGCUUCUGUCUCCGACUGCUCUCGUGCCUGGAGUUGGUCCAAAGAGCCCAUUAAAAUCUUCCUUCUCGCCUUUUGCUAGUCCUGCUUCUACUCCUGAAAGCCCUGGAAUGCACUCGCUUUCCAGUGAAUCAGAUGGAAGUGUAGUUACAAUUGACCAACCCAGAGAAGCAGAACCUUUGCAGAGUUUGCACAAGAAUCGAGCUCGUCUAUCAAUGAAGCGCCGCCCACCCAGCAGGCGAUUUAGAAGAUCCGCCACUGAUGCUGACUCUCCAGAAACGGAGCAGUCGGACAACUCUGCCAAGGAAGUGGAGCCCAAACAAAGGGGAGCAGCAGAGGAAGGAAAUGAUGAGGUUUUUACUGACCAGGUUCAAAUUGAUAAUGGAGAUGCCCACUCCUCAGCUGAGGGGGAGGCCCACUCUUCACCUCGCUCCUCGGCUGAGGGGGAGGCCCACUCUACACCUCGCUCCUCGGCUGAGGGGGAGGCCCACUCUACACCUCGCUCCUCGGCUGAGGGGGAGGCCCACUCUUCACCUCGCUCCUCGGCUGAGGGGGAGGCCCAGUCUACACCUCGCUCCUCGGCUGACCUUUCACCCGGAGAACCAGCACAAAAGAUGCCCAGUGACCCCUUGUCUUCUCAAAGCCAGGAAUCUGAAACAUGUACUGCUAACCAAGAUGAGUAUGCCGAAGACAAUAAUAUUGCUUCAAAGAUGAUUCUGGAAUCUGCAGACAAGGACAAUGAGAGCUCUGAUAAUAUUGUUCAUAACCCAGCAGGAAGUGAAACAGUUGUUACUGAGAUGUCUAAUCAAGAACUGAAAACUGAAGAAGUAAAGGCAACAGACAAUGAGCAGCAGAUUGUCAAUGCAGAGGAAAAACCUUCUGAAGCAAUUGAAUAAUAAGGAUGUGCCAAAUAGAUUCCACCAAGUCAGCAUUUAUUGGAGACUUCUGAGCUUUGAAGCAAAUCGAUUUCUUUAUCACCCUUCCAGAUGACAGGUGGAAGAGAACAGAUUACUCUUGUCUUGCAGAACUUUCCAUUUGUUUAUCUGCUAGGGUUUGUUUGCAUUCCUGUAUCGAUUUAGCUGCACAUCCAUGCUUAUUCUGGUGGCUAAGGGUUGUACUUGUUCACCUGCCAUCACAGUUUGUUCUGCAUAUCUGCUCAGCAAAGCAAGAUUCCAAUAUUUAAUUUAUAGGGGGUGCCAUCCAACAAAAUAAAAUUGAAUUGCCAUUUUGUGAAAAGUUUGAGUCUUAAAGAUAAAUGUGUUGGAAACGUGUGUACAUGUGCUAGGUACUACUGGCUCAUUACUACAUAUAAAAAUGAGAAGAUGACUUUUUAAUGCAAAACAUGUUUAAAUGACAGUUCUCCUAUCAACUUGACAUAUUGACAACUAUUUUGACUUGGGAUGGAAAAAAUAAGGACAGGACAGUUUCUUGCUGAGACCUGAUGAGGUUUUAGAUCCUGGAAUUUGUUUUCCCUGUUUGUUAGACUCUCACUCAAACAUGACAGCAACCACUGCCUGACCACUGCAGUUAGAUCCAGCAGGGAGAACCAUCAAUGCUCCAUAACUUGUCUUUCUGGUUAAAAGUUUUCUGGAUCAUGCCUGUUGUCAAAUUGAGACUGGGAAGGAAUGGGCAAGCCCUUCCAAUUGUCCACCUGGCAUAAUUAGUCAGGCAGUGAGAGAUGAAGGCAAGGGUUCAGUUACUAAAUGUUUAGUUAACAAGAUGAUUAUCUUUAAAUGCCCCAUUAUUGAAAACAAAGCUUUCAAAAUCUACCUAGAUUGCUGUUUGAAAGCUACCUCUACUAUAAACCACAAAGUAUAUUUUUCUAAGUUCAGCAUUUACUAAGCUAUCAUUCAAAUUAGUUUAAUAAAUGUGUAACUUCACGUGUUCUGAGAGGUACUUUGUUAUUUCCCCUUCAGUGUUGUCUUUGUUUCAAGAGGAUGAGCAGACUUCUGCAUGAAUGUGACAUCAAUAUUGUUCCAAUCCCUCGGAAUGUUUCCCAUUCUCCUUAAAGUUUCAGUCUCUGUCUAUGUGCUCACCACUAACAGAAGUAUUUGUGCAUCUUUAACUGGGGCAAUGUGUGUAUAAAAAAAACAAGGAAGGCACUCAAGAGGUUACUCAUGGUAACAUUGAAUGAAGGCUUAAUUCUUUGAUGAUUGUAAUUAAUGUUGUGGGGUCUUAUUGUCAGCCUGAUAUCAAAAGGCAGAAUUUUGAUACCCUCCCAAUGAAAGGGGCCAUUCAGCAGUUCAUUAUCUUCCAACAGCACGUCAGCAGAUGACUAAGAUGAUGAUGUGGUUAUACUUCAUUGCUGAAUUAGUUCUUUCGUUUGUGUAAAAAAACAAAACAACACAAGUCUGGCCUAAUUUGGCCUAACUUAGAAAUUCAAAUUAUCAUCCUGGUAAGGUAUUUUCUAAAACUUGUUGAAAGUCUGCAAUUGGGAAAGGGGAUUAAGAACGUUACAUCAAAAUUCUGCCUCUCUCAAACGUUUUAUGACAUAAUUGAUUUUAUAAAUGUAAUGAAAAUCACAAAGUUUACUUUGCAGCUGAUGUACCUUUUUAACCCCAUAGCACCUACCUCUUUCCACAGCACUUGGGAGUAUGAUCCCACGCUCAAAUCUGCAUGUUAAUUGCUUGAUGCUGCGUUUAUUACACCACUAUGAAUUGAUCCUGAUUUGCUCCCCUGGCAUGUGGCUGCUGCUUGUAUUUUAUGUUCCUCUUAGUUCACUGUCUUCCUUUACAGUGCCUAUGAUGGGGCUUGUUCUACUGAUUUCAGAAAUGUUACCUAUGCAAAAGCAAAAUCUGGAUGUAAUGAGCAUGUUAGUAUUUCCAUUUGUUUUUUCCACUGUGAUGACUACCUUGAACUUGUACCUAAUAUUGCAGUUGUGCACUGCUCAUCAUCCUGAGUUCUGUCACAAUGACCAAGGAUACAAGAUAUUUAUUAACAUCAUUACUGAUUCUAAAUGAUCUUUUCUGUUUCCCAUAACACAAGGAGUGUGAUGCAGUUCCAAAUCCUGUCAAUGGUUUUUAAAUCAUUAAGUGGAGAGAUGAGAUAAUUGUGUAGCAAGUAAAAUAAACUAGCAAAUAUAAAUUGACGUUAUUACAAGCCACUAGCGGCAGCUUCAGUGUAACCUUUCUUUUGCUUAAGAGGUCAAGUAACAUAGACCCCCCCAAUCCUGUGAAUGUGACUUGAGAAAUGUGCUGUAGAAAUGUAAAACUGCUUAAUAGUCUAUUAAUUGUGCCAAUAUAUGAUUGCCUGGACUGCAGCAUCAAUGCCAAAAUCUGAAAUUUGAACUUAUUCCAGUAUUUCAACUAAAAUAUUCGGUCGAAUAAAAUUAUCCUCCAAUUUUGCCACUAAAGUGUAACCAAACCACAAGAUAUUAUUCCUAUUUGGAAGACUUUUUACAUUGGUGUCUACAAGUAAUGUACAGUAUCAUUGUGAAUUAUCAUAACUAAAUUAACCAGUUUUGUCUUUCACUAAAUAAUCUCUAUAUCACUGUCUUCCAAAAUGAUGGUUUUAAUUUAUUGUGGCAAGACAUUUUGGUCAGUGUUUCACACGUUGGUCUAAAUAAAUAAUAUGUCUUCCCAACUAGAUUCUUGAGUUUGUUAUCAAUAACAGUAAGUUUGAGAAAAAGUGAGAAACUAUCAGCAGGAAAGAGUGAUUUUAUCUAGACAGUUGGGUAACUGUUUAAGCAGCAGAAAACCUAGCUAUUCUAAAUUUACUGAUGGGUAUGGAUACUGAUUUAAUGAAAAAUUUUGUUUUACAAUUUGUCACAAGCUGGAAUUGAAAACCUGCAUUUUAUCUGAUAGCCUAACAUGAACUAUUUACUUAUGUUCUAUAAAACUCACCUUGGUAAUUUGCACAUUUUCAAAGCAGAUUAUUGAAAAAUAGAAUAUAGUGAAUCAUGCACAACUACUUGUGUAUAUAAACUUGAGGCUCUUUCUCGUUGUCACUUAAAUAGGACAUUGUUAUUUAGAUAUUCCUUGUAAAGGGCAUGUCAUCUGGCUCCAGUAGGAUAUUGGUGUUAUUAGAUUACUGCAGCGGUGGCCUGAUUAAUGGAAAUAAUCAGAACAACUAACAACAUGUUCUUGCACCAUCGUCCAAAGGAAAUACGUCCCUUGAUCAUGCCAGAUAAUGUGCUUUUAUUCAGAUGGUGACUCACAAUCAGAACAUUAGAUUUACUACUGCACCAAUUAUUGCAAUACUUUGCAAUUAAUACUGUAUUGUAUAAGAGUUUCAAGUCAUGGAUUUAUAUGAAGUGUUUAUAUAUUGCUGUAUGUGGAACUUUCCAUGGAGUGAGAUGUAUGCAAAAGUGAGUGCUUUCUACUCUUUUGAUAAAAUUUAUGACAACUGCUUUUGUACACUUUUAACUUAAAAUAAAAGCAUUAUGAAAAAGUGUGAAUCCAGAUUUCAACCUUCUUUUCAAGGCAAA